AGGAGGAGGAGGAGGAGGAGGAAGAAGGAGGAGGAGGAAGAAAAGUACGAAGAAGAAAUAUUUAUAGAGGUUAUGUUGAAGAAGAAGAAAAGGAGAUGGAAGAGGAGGAAGAGGAGGAGGAGGAGGAACAAGAAGAACAAAGUGGAAGACAUGAUAACCAGGAGGAGGAAGAGGAGGAAGAAGAAGAAGAAGAAGAAAAUCAUUAUCAGAAAAAGAAGAAAAAAAGAAGAAAAAUAAGCAUAUGAAAAGUCAGUAAUCCUCCUCCUCCUCCUCCUCCUCCUCUUCCUCCUCUCCUCUCUUCUUCCUCCAUUCCUUCACCUCUUUGUCACUCUUUCCUCCCUUACAUGAGAGAGAGAGAGAGAGAGAGAGAGAGAGAGAGAGACAAAGAGAAAGAAAGAAAGAAAGAAAGAGAGAGAGAGAGUGAGGCCAUGGUUGUGGACUAAUGUAUAUCAUAAACGAAACAGCUAAAUCAAUAAUAUGUAUUUUAAUAGAACAAACAAGAAGAGUGAGAAUUAUGAACAAAAACACUACCUUAACACAUUCAUACAAACUAAAGUACUUGGACAAAUGUAUAGUUUCCGAAUGUAGUUAUUUUAUACAUUUAUACAUGACAUCUGGAAGCCUUUUUAGCAUGACAAGACUUCAAGAGGGGCAUUUUUAAGCUUAGGGAAGGGUAUGUUAUAUUUUGCAUUAUCUAUGUAUUCAAAGACUAUAAGGUCGGUUGCUAUGUUAAGACGCCUCCGCCUCUCACACAUCUAUUUCCAAGGGGCAGAAAAGAGAUGAUUCACGUUGUAAUGCAUGGUGUUUUAGGUUCACGGUACAGGGGAAGGGUCGAACUACCACCAGGGUCAUGAAACUACCCCUGGAAAUGACCUAGACUCCCACGAAAGCCUUGUCAAAUGUGUGUUUCUUAGGUUCACGGUACAGAAGAAGGUUGUCAAAUGUGUGUUUCUUAGGUUCAUGGUACAGGGGAAGGGUCACACUACCACCAGGGUCAUGAAACUACCCCUGGAAAUGCCCACAACACCCACGAAAGCCUUGUCAAAUGUGUGUUUCUUAGGUUCACGGUACAAAGGAAGGGUCGAACAACCACCCGGGUCAUAAAACUACCCACCCUUUAAAUGCCCACAACACCCACGAAAGCCUUGUCAAAUAUGUGUUUCUUAGGUUCACGGUACAGAGGAAGGGUCGAACUACCACCCGGGUCAUAAAACUACCCCUGGAGAUGCCCACAACUCCCACGAAAGCCUUGUCAAAUAUGUGUGCUUGGGCGGCGAAAUGUCUAAGAAUACGGACUUUCAGAUUUCAGUUCAACUCUCCCACACUUGAUAAGGCUUUGGUAGAGGUUGUGGGUCUUUCCAAGGGUAGUUUUAGGAGCCUGGUGAUAGUGUGACAAGGCUUCUGCACCAUGAACCUGAAAAAAACACUUAUGAGAACGCGAUUCAUCUCGUUUGUGGCCUUUGUAAAUAGUGGUUAUCGGAGCCGGAAGUGUCGGAGAAUGCGUAGGAGCGGCUGUGAUCGCGGCGUUUACUGUCGCGGCGGGAGUUUUCCAUACGUGUCAAAUCGAGAAAUUUUAUGUUCCUGUCCUUUAUCACCACGUACGUGCCAUAUAUCAAGAGAACCGGAAAAGUGUACUGAUUCCGAGCCUGCAACUGGAAAUUCAAUACAAGCAAAAUCACAUAAAUAACACGGAGUUGAGACCAAACAAACUUGAGAAACGGUUCAUGCAGGAUUUUGUUUUGCCGUCAUUAUCUUAUUCUAGGUGUAGUUUACUGUACUUAAUUUAUGCUCUUGAUAUGCGAUGGUAUACUCAGUUUUCCGAAUUAUCAUCUGGAAGCUAAAUUACAGUGGGUGAUUUCAAGCUUCUCCCAUUCUCUCUGCCCCACUGUUGCCAGAUCAUCGUACUCAGAGCCUCAUAUUUACCGGUUUCUGAGCCAUAGGUAUUGCGAAAAAACACCAAUAACAAACCAUUUUAACGCUAACUAUAUAUGAAGGCAGUUAGUGGGGUCGAGGAUUCAGUUUUGGGGUCGGAAAUCGGGAAACAUCGGAGGCUGAGUAUGACAAUCUGGCAACGUUGCUCUGCUGGUCACCCGAACAUGGUCACUCUGGCUGAUUGGCAAGUCCGUUUCGGCGUUGUCUCCCACGGGUCCUUUCCUCCCCGCUGCUCUGCCACACCGUCCCAACACCUAUCUCAUAACCUCAUAGUUCUUUUUACAUCAAAGGAGACGGCUCAGGGGCAACAAAAAGAGCGCAAAAAAAAAAAAAACGCUACUCGCCGCUCCCGUAAAAGACGAAAGUAAAGAGUAGCCGAAAGUGACGUCAUUUUCGGGUACCUCUAGUUGACAUAUGAGAGGAAGGGAUAGGUGUUGGGACUGUGGUUGAACUGCGUGAAGGAAAGGACCAGCGGGUGCCAACUCAGAAAUGACCUCGCCAAAGUGGUUUCAGUAUAGGUCCAGGGCACUCUCUAGUAUUCUUUUUUUUUGUGUGUGUGUGUGUGUUGCUUGUAACGCCGGUAGGCUCUCUUGAGGGGUCUCUUGAACGGCCCCAGCUCGUUAGUGGCGCGGGCGAAUCUUAUUUAUAGUGGGUGCCGUGAUGUGUGACCCUUGCCUGGCCCAUGCUGCCCCCCGGUGCUCCGCUUGACUGAAGUCGCUGAAGUCAGGGUUGAUCCGGGCAGCAUGUGGGUGAUCUUCAGACACUUGGCGAGGGUUGGAAAAUGAGCGUGAUUUGGUGGGUCUCGAACCUAAGUCCACUGGUUCACCACUCCCACACGCUAACCACUCGACCACCAGCGUGUAUUUAUUUAUAAUUUUUUUUUACAACAAAGGAGACAGCUCAAGGGCACAAAACAAGUAAACAAUAAUAAAAAAAAGCCCGCUACUCGCUGCUCACAAAAAGAAUCUAAAGAGGUGGCCGAAAGAGAGGUCAAUUUCUAUGAGGUUGAUGUUUGUUAAUUUUAGAGAUCUAUUUAUAUGGCAUUUUGAGUAUAUAUAUUUUAAAGUAUUAUUGAAUGCAUACAAAGUGAGUGAGAGAUAUAUGGACCAAGUUUAAAUGUAGUACUUCAAAUUAUACUUAUCAAUGAAGGACCAAGUUUAACCCGGUAGCAGCGACGGGCCAAAUUUGUGCCAUGAUAUAAACCUCCCAAAACAGAUGCUGCAUAAACUGAUCACACAUGCGUUGAUAUAUAUUAUGAAAUGGUUUGUGUGAGUGAUGAUUCUUUCUCAUUAUUUUACUUAGAGGGCCCUUUAACGUAACGUAACGUAACCUAACCUAACCUAACCUAACCUGACCUAACCUAACCUAAGAAACAUGACCCCCGCAGCUACCGGGUUAAAUGUCCUUCAUAUACUUACCAAUGGUGGACCAAGCUUAAAUGUACUUCAAAUUAUACUCACCAAUGAUGGACCAAGUUUAAAUUUACUUCAUAAGCUUAUCAAUCAGAGUAUUUUGUAAGAUACUGAGGUAAUGAUGGACUUUAUUAGGACAUAUUUCAUAGAUAUUUAAUAGUAUUUUGUAAUAUAGUUAAAUUAUCAAUGCACAACCAGCAGUCACAGGCUCCCUUGGGUGGGGUUGACGGGGACCCACGCCGCUUACAGAGCCACGACCGUACUCACCAAGACUUACCAGACCCGCCGUUGGUAAGUCUUCUGGGCGCGGAUUCAUCAAACCACUUACGAGACCCUGUUGUUGGUAAGUCUUCUAGUAACUCCAUCAUCUAGGAACGCGCUUGAUCUUAAGGCGACUCCAAUGCCAAUGAAAGAAGUGUCGACCAGGCCAGUACUUCAUUCAUUGUCAUCGGAGCGGCCUAAACUCAAGGAUCAUUCGUAGAGGACAGAUUUACUAAAAGACUUACCAACGACCGGUCUUGUAGUGGCUUGAUGAAUCCGGCCCCUGGUAACUCUAUGGGCCAGUUUUACAGUCCAAUACAGCACGUUCGUAAGCUCCCUAACCAAACACAAAAUACGACGAAAUUAAUUGUAGCUCUAGUAUUUGGCGUUGAUACAAAAAGGAGGAGGGAAUAUUAGAAUAGCUGGUUUUGAGUAGACAGAACGGAUCAUUGUGGCGGAUUUGGAUUGGUCCGGGCGCUUACAACAAUGAUUGGGGUGGACUGUCGAACCGGCCAUGUGUCCACUCUUACGAACGGUCCGUGUGUUCAGGUGACUCGGGUGACAGUGAAAGGACGACCAAGCUGUCACUUCAUCAUGUUAUCUCUUCCGUUUCUGCAAUCCUUUCCUUGUGUCCUUUCUUUUCCCUUUCAUCAUUCUUUCCUCUCUUUCUUUCUUUCCUUCCUUUUCCCUUCCGUCUUUCUUUCAUCCCUUUCUCUCUUUCUUCCUUUCUCUCUUUCCUUCCUUUUCCCUUCCAUCUUUCUUUCCUCCCUUUCUUCCUUCCUUCCUUCCAUCAUUCUUUCCUUCCUUUCUCUUUUUCUUCCUUUCUCUCUUUCCUUCCUUUUCCCUUCCAUCUUUCUUUCCUCUCUUCCUUUCUUCCUUCCUUCCUUCCAUCAUUCUUUCCUUCCUUUCUCUUUUUCUUCCUCUCUUUCCUUCCUUUUCCCUUCCAACUUUCUUUCAUCCCUUUCUUCCUUUCUUCCUUUCUCUCUUUCCUUCCUUUUCCCUUCCAUCUUUCUUUCCUCCCUUUCUUCCUUUCUUUCCUUCCUUUGUCUAGUUCCUUUCUUCCUUUCAUUUCUCUUUGUCUACCUUCUUUCCUUCAUUUCUUCUAUCCUUUCCUUUCCUUCCUUUCUUCCUUCCCUCCUUCAUUCAUUCAUUUCUCCCUUGUCUUCCUUCCUUCUUUCCUUCCUUCCUUCUCAUUGUCACAAACUCUCUCUCUCUCUCUCUCUCUCUCUCUCUCAUUGCUACCGGAACAACCCAAGACCAAUAGCGUUUGUAGUGGAGUUACCAGAGGAUCCGACAUACCAACAACAGGUCUCGUCAGUGGUAAGGCAAACUAUUCACAAUGUACUUAAAACCCACUUAAUGAUGUUGUGUUGUGUCUUCAGAGUAUUAAUGGGUGUUCGCAUAGUCAGUAUUAGUCAGCAAGCAAAACCAGGUUGUGUGGAAAUACAAAUAAGUUAUCCUUUGGCAAAUAAAGAAAUAUGAUUGAU